CGACAGACAUGACGUAAGCGUGGACUGCGCAUGCGCCGCAUUUCAAGUACAAAGUCCUUGAGGUUUCCCGUCAACAUUCCACGCGUCAUGUAUUGUCUACAAAAUAAAUAUUACGAACCAACCCGUACCAGUUAUUAGCCUAACACAGAACCUGUUCUACUGUUUAUUAGCGCUCGACUAUUGAACCGUAUGUAUCAGUUUUUUUUUAUAAACAGUUAACAUCGGCUACCCACAGACAGGACUAACGGUACACCGUACGUAAACAGCGCGUUUAGAGAAAGCGAUGAGGAUUUAAAGUCAGUGAAAGCCAGGGUUCCGUCCGCAUCGCAUCGAAGCAUCGAACAUAACCUCCAAUGGCUUUGUACAUCGCCACCGCGGUGAUAACCGCCGCUGCCGCUAUUUACUGGUACGUUAACAGGCAUAAACCUAUAAAACACAUACUCAGUGAACUACGUUAUGCUCUAGAUAUGCAAGGAGCAGGUGCUGGUGGAUUAAUCGACGAUUGGGUUAGCGUCUGGCAAAACAAAAUAACAUUGCCAGAUGCAAAAGACAGGAUUGCCGUUAUAACUGGAGGCGCUCGCGGUAUAGGAAGUGAAGUCGUUCGAGGAAUGCUUAAAGCCAACAUGAUCGUAAUAAUGGGCGUGAGAAAUACAGAGUCAGCGAAAAAACUUGCAAAUUCAAUGCAAAACGGAGAUAAGUUACACGCUUUUCAACUGGAUCUACAGUCAUUGAAUUCCGUCAAACAUUUUGCUGAGAAUGUCUUAAAGAAAUUUCCUGAGAUACAUGUACUAGUGAACAAUGCAGGAAUUAUGUUCGGUGACUAUAAAUUAACUGAGGAUGGCUUUGAAACCCAAUUUGCUGUCAACCAUUUAAGUCAUUUUUAUUUGAUACAUCUGCUGUUACCAGCACUAAAACGAGCAGGGACAAUUGAAGAGCCGUCAAGAGUGGUUAAUGUAACAUCAUGUGGACAUUUUCCAGGGAAAAUCUAUUUUGAUGACAUUAAUAUGAAAGAACACUAUGACACAACAGCUGCAUAUGCACAAUCGAAAUUAGCUCAGCUUAUGACUGCAAGAUAUGUGAACAGUUUAUUGGAAGACAAAGAUGUUCCUGUAAAGUGCUUUUCUGUACACCCAGGUAUUGUUGAUACAGACUUGUUUGAACACAGUAGCUUUGGAAAGCUUCCAUGGGCCAGGCGGCUAUUUUUUAAAACACCAGAAAAAGGUGCUAUAUCAAUACUGUUUACCUGCUUUGACAGAGACAUCAUUAAGAAAGGAGGAAUGUAUAUAAGUAACUGUAAAGAAGGCUUUAGUAACCGUUUUUCAAAAAAUGAAACGCACCAGAAGGCUUUAUUUGAUUUAUCUUGUAACUUACUUGGUAUUGAAGCCAAUAAGUAUGGAAAAUAAAUUUAAGAAUACCUUGGGUUGCAUUUAUUACAAAAAUAUUUAAUAAAUAUUUAUGGUUACUAUA